UGCGCUUCACCCUUCCUGACAGCCUGCACAUCUCAUCCGGUGGAAGUCUGCAAUCACUCCUUGUCAGCCAGAAGAUAUGAGCCAUCUAUGCAUAUCUGACAAGUUGCAGUUUCUCUGAAGAAAGUAGACUGCGUGGUGGCUACAUAAAGGACGGAAAUUUCUGCCCCGCAGCCAUAGCUAGCUAGCUACAUAGCAGCUUAACCCCACGCGCUCUUUCGACGCAACUACAUACUUGGACUGCGGGGAAUCCGCAGGCAGCUAACCUUUUUUUUCUCUUCAUCUUCUAUAUUGCAGAAGAUGCCAAUCGUUGCAUGGACUACUCCAAUUUAUCUUCCACAUCUUCGAAAAGGGUAGCGUUUUUCUCCCGGCCAACAGACACGACACGACGGGAUUUCUCUCUCUCUAUAUUCCCCAAACGCUUAAUCAAUCUACAAUGCCCCCUCAUCCCUUGAACAAACCACAUACCAUCGUCCCUCAGAACCAUCUAACCUUCGAUCCCUGGAACACUGCAUCUACCGGCCACCAACGCGCAGAGAACCCAUACUCCAACACGUCCGAAUGGCGCACUACGCGAACAGAGAAGCUAUCACAUCAAUUCGGCAAGCCUAUCACGAAUGGAAGUGGAGAUGGGACGCUGAAUAACGGCUGUCGUGUUAGUAGUAAGAACCAGAAUAAGAUCAGGAACGGAGCUGCAGGAGAAUGGAGAUGGAUAUCUGCGGACGAGGCGGAGAGACGGCGAUUGGGAUGUGCGGAUAUUAGGACAUUGAUGGGUGGUGGUGGUGGAGGGGCGAAGAGGAGGAAGUGGGAUGGGGAUGAAAAUGGAAGCCUCAACGAGAAGACGGUGAAGAAGACGAAGGUGGUGGAAUUGAGAGCAGCAGAAUCUUCACCGUCGUCGGCGCCAUCAUCUACAUCGCAGCACAGCAGUCGAGACCAAGCUGAUCCACAACACAAGGGAUACACAGCUCUUCCUCCUCCAUCUGCACGGCCUAAACUCGCUUUCUGCAAUGACAAUCCCAGCGACACCAACAAUACCCCCGAACUCGAUCCCACAACAGAAACCCCCACCGGCAUCUUUACCGGAACAACAAUCUAUAUAAACGGCAGUACCUUCCCGCUCAUCUCAGACCACAAGCUCAAACACCUCCUCGCAUCCAACGGCGCCAAAAUCGCCAUCACUCUCGCCCGCCAGACCGUCACGCACGUCAUCCUGGGAAAACCGAACGGGAACGGAUCCGGCGCCGGCGGCGGUCUUGCUGCUGGGAAGGUGCAGAAAGAACUGCAACGAUCUGGUAGUGCUGCUGGGAGGAAUGUGAAGUUUGUUGAUGUCGAGUGGGUCCUCGAAAGCAUCAAGGCUUCUAAACGACUACCUGAAUGCGGAUUCUCUAACAUGAACAUGUGCCCCAAAGGCCAGCACAGCGUCCUGAACAUGUUCAAAAAGAAGACGGGUCCAUGAUAUCGAACUGUCUCUCUUUGAAAUCCAAGAGAGUAACAGUCACGAAUGACGAUGAUGUUGAAUGUUGAUUUACGAUUUUUCUUUGCUCUUCUCCUCACAUGUCCAUCUCUGUGGACUGUGUUCUGUGUACCACUACUAUUACUUGCAUAUUUUCACCAGGAUCUGAUAGAACAGGUUGGUUUAAGGAUUCGAUUGGUUUGGAUUGGCGAAUAGCGUUAUAAAAGUUAUAAUAUAAUUGGUAUAACAAUAAUACUUCUACGUCAGAAAUAAUAUCCUUUUUGCUUCAUCUUGG